AAAAAGAAAAAUGUAAAGAAAUACUUUAGUGGGGCAGUAUAAUAAUUUGAAGAAAGUGCCUUAAACUGUUUACACUUUUAUUAUUUUUCAAUUGAGAUAUCUGAAUGAUUGAAAACUGACUUCAGAUAUAAUUUAAAUAUUUCUCUUACAGCUGGAAAUGACACUUACUUAAAGGGUAGAACAGAGACACACACAUGUAGUCCUGCAGUUCAGAUUCUGCUUCUAGUUUUCUAAUAAAAUUUGUUGAAAGAACCUGCCAAUUUAUUAACAUCUUCAAACCCAGGAGGCUGAAAAUUAUGGCUACUGUACUAUAUUCCACACUGCAGUUGAAAAAAAGUCUUCUGCUUCAUCUGAGGUCAAGAGAUUGCUUUGCUUCCUUAAGAGCAUUGUUAAGGGUCUGAUAAUUUAAGAAAUUUAAGAUAAAAUAAUGCAUGUGUGUAUGUUAAAGAAAAAGCAGAGUAAUAGUCUACUAUAUAGAAAGACUUCUAAAUUGCUUUUUCAAUUGAAAAACAAGCAGGACUCAAUUUAAAAAAUAAGUAUUGGCACUGAUAAUAAAAAUUGAUUUUUUCUCUCUGCAUCUUGCAAUGAGUUCACUGUUUAAAAAAAUCAGAACUUAUUUUUCUAAAAAUCUGUGGACUCUGUAAAAGUUAACUUGCCUAAUCAAUAUGCUCAAGAAGUUUUCUGAGCAACUUGUAUUUUUGCCUUCCCUAUUCACACUAUAUAAAAACCACACUUUAUUUCCUUUCUUUUUCUGAGAAAGCUUUAAAUUAACUAAUUUACUCAGUCUAUGGAAUUCUAGGCCAUGUAGAUCUUGAUUGUACUUCUAACUUCACCACUCACUCUUUAACAGUGUACAGGCUAAUUAUGCUCAUCUGUAAAAUAAGAAUAACAGAUAUUUCCUAGGAUUAUUAUGAGAGCUAACUGAGAUAAUAUGCCUAAAGUUCCCAGCUCACAGCCCUGUGGGUCUCAUAAGACAGGUGGCCACACUGUUAGUUCCUUUCCUGUUCUCCACCUGUCUCCCUCUCCUGUUCCCCACCCCUCUCCACAACUUAACCUCAAAAUAAUGCAUAAGUAAUUGUAGGGAAAUUAGCAUGAGUGCCCAAAUGCAUGUGUGACUGAAUUAACUCAGCAGUGAACUUGGCAUUCCAUAGCUAACCUUUCCCCUUCAUUAAUCCCCUUCUCCAGCCCCCUCAAACACAGAAGUACAACAGGACACCAGGUGAGCUAUGUAACCAGCCAUGCACGUAAGCAUUUUCUACCAGAGUUUCGACUAGUCUUGUUCUGCCUCAAACACUAGACAGGGCUCAUGUUGCUCACAGUUAACUGACUCUGGCCAUGUGGUGGCUGCCCUCAAGGUCCGCCACAAAGAGAACAGCAGUUCAAUAAAAUCUUGAACUCUAUUUAUAGCCCACUUGAAACAAGCAGUUUCCUUGAAGCCCAAGAAGCCUUCCUUGAGAAUGCAGCAAGUAAUUUACUAGUCCCAGUACUAACUGGGGAGAUAGAGGGGGGGACAUGCAGCAAGUGCAUUUUUUCAAGUACUGCACAUAUAGAAAGCAUUUUCUCCUACACUCUGUCCCAUUUCACCCUCAUGUCCCCAGCCAAGGAAGAAGACAAAACAGGCACUAGUAACAAAUCCCUGUUUUAUAGAUUACAAAAUUGAUGCCUAGGGGCUUAAAUUGCUAAUGAACAGUGGUGGUUGGAGAAAGAGGUAAAACAAAAUGUCUAAAGAGUCAGAAUAAUUUCUUGCUCAUGCAAUCAAUGUAAAAUUCAGUAAGUCAUUAUUUUCCUAUUAAAAAAUGUAUACAAUAAAGAAGAAGUGUUUUGUAAAGCACAUGCAAGAUUAAAAAAUGUUAUCUCUCCACUUCUAAGAAGAUCAAAAUAUGAGAAAUAAAAACUUAGAGAGACUCUACAGGGAAAUAUUUAUUAAAAUGUUUGUAUCUAUUUAUAAUAUAUAUUCAGAGUGAUUAUAUUUUUUGGCAAGAAAUGUCUUCUUAAAGACCCCCCAAAUUAAAAUGUGCAUAAUUGAGACUAAUUUUGAAAAAUAUGAUAGGAAUUUUUAUGAGAAAUUUUAAUUGACUCUGUCAGUCAGCUCUGAAAUAAAUACAUCUUUACUAUUUUUUUUAAUAUGGGAGUUUGAAUAAUUCCAGUAUGUAUGCAAACACAAGACUUUAUUAUAUGAGUUUAUGGGCCAGAAAUCACUUUGCUCUUAGAAUUAAUUUGAUUUUGGUAAAUAUUUUAAUUUUCUACAACCCUUCUUUGAGCCCUGUUACCUGGAAACCUGAAAAUAAUAAACAACUUUUUGGCUUGAGAGGGAUGUCUGGGCAAUUGGAAUAGCUACACUGAAGUCUGUGUGUGUGAGUGUGUGUGUGUGCGUGCAUGCGCAUGUGUGUAUUUAGAGAGAGAGAGGUUAUUGCCUGGGUUGGUUGCUUGGCUUGGUGCCAUUUGGGAUUCUCAGAUUUACUGCGUCUCUGACCUCCUAUUGUCCCAGCUCUGAUUUAUGGAGUUCAGAAUCUCGAAAGGCAAGGUGUCUGGAGUUUAGGGUCUUUCCAUGACAGCCCCUCCUCUUCCCUGUAUACUCCUUUUGCUUGUGGUCACCUUGUGGUGACCUUGCAGGACUCAGCGUUUUUACCUGAGCUUAGUAGCUGGGGAGCCCACUAGUGCUGGGGAGCGAGCCGUGGUUUCCAUUCCUGGGUGAUGGAGUCAUGGGAGAAACUGCAGUGAGCAAACACAGUAGGACCUGAGUUGGGCUCGAAUGUGCUUUAAGCGGCUCAGGACAGAGCAGCUGCUCUGUCUCCCAGCUUGAAAGUGCAGCCUGCAUUUGUCACUGACCACUGAAGUGUAUGUUUGGGCAAGGUGAGAGCUGGGUGCUUUGUUCUUAAUUUGGAGACAAAUUGCCAGGAGGUGAUCGAGAUCGGAUGACAGCAAAUCAUGAGAGCUACCUCCUCAUGGCAAGCACCCAGAAUGAUAUGGAAGACUGGGUGAAGUCCAUCCGCCGAGUCAUAUGGGGACCUUUUGGAGGAGGCAUUUUUGGACAGAAACUGGAGGAUACUGUUCGUUAUGAGAAGAGAUAUGGGAACCGUCUGGCUCCAAUGUUGGUGGAGCAAUGCGUGGACUUUAUCAGACAAAGGGGGUUGAAAGAAGAGGGUCUCUUCCGACUGCCAGGCCAGGCUAAUCUUGUUAAGGAGCUCCAAGAUGCCUUUGACUGUGGGGAGAAGCCAUCAUUUGACAGCAACACAGAUGUACACACGGUGGCAUCACUUCUUAAGCUGUAUCUCCGAGAACUUCCAGAACCAGUUAUUCCUUAUGCGAAGUAUGAAGAUUUUUUGUCAUGUGCCAAACUGCUCAACAAGGAAGAGGAAGCAGGUGUUAAGGAAUUAGCAAAGCAGGUGAAGAGUUUGCCAGUGGUAAAUUACAACCUCCUCAAGUAUAUUUGCAGGUUCUUGGAUGAAGUACAGUCAUAUUCGGGAAUUAACAAAAUGAGUGUGCAGAACUUGGCAACUGUCUUUGGUCCUAAUAUCCUGCGUCCCAAAGUGGAAGAUCCUUUGACUAUCAUGGAGGGCACUGUGGUGGUCCAGCAGUUGAUGUCAGUGAUGAUUAGCAAACAUGACUGCCUCUUUCCCAAAGACACAGAACUACAGAGCAAGCCCCAAGAUGGAGUGAGCAACAACAACAAUGAAAUUCAGAAGAAAGCCACCAUGGGGCAGUUACAGAACAAGGAAAACAAUAACACCAAGGACAGCCCUGGUAGGCGGUGCUCCUGGGACAAGUCAGAGUCACCCCAGAGAAGCAGCAUGGACAAUGGAUCCCCCACUGCUCUAUCAGGCAGCAAAACCAACAGCCCAAGGAACAGUGUUCACAAGCUAGAUGUGUCCAGAAGCCCCCCUCUCAUGGUCAAAAAGAACCCAGCUUUUAAUAAGGGUAGUGGGAUAGUUACCAAUGGGUCCUUCAGCAGCAGCAAUGCAGAAGGUCUUGAGAAAACCCAAAUCACCCCCAAUGGGAGCCUACAAGCCAGAAGGAACUCUUCACUGAAGGGAUCUGGUACCAAAAUGGGCACACACAGUGUACAGAAUGGAACAGUGCGCAUGGGCAUUUUGACCAGUGACACACUCGGGAAUCCCGCAAAUGGUCGAAACAUGAGCUGGCUGCCAAAUGGCUAUGUGACCCUGAGGGAUAACAAGCAGAAAGAACAAGCUGGAGAGUCAGGCCAGCACAACAGACUGUCCACCUAUGAUAACGUCCAUCAACAGUUCUCCAUGAUGAACCUUGAUGACAAGCAGAGCAUCGACAGCGCCACCUGGUCCACUUCCUCCUGUGAAAUCUCCCUCCCCGAGAACUCCAACUCUUGUCGCUCUUCCACCACCACCUGCCCAGAGCAAGACUUUUAUGGAGGGAACUUUGAGGACCCUGUUUUGGAUGGGCCUCCACAGGAUGACCUCUCCCACCCCAGGGACUAUGAAAGCAAAAGUGACCAUAGGAGUGUAGGAGGUCGAAGUAGUCGUGCCACCAGCAGCAGUGACAACAGUGAGACAUUUGUUGGUAACAGUAGCAGCAACCACAGUGCACUGCACAGUUUAGUUUCCAGCCUGAAACAGGAAAUGACCAAACAGAAGAUAGAGUAUGAGUCCAGGAUAAAGAGCUUAGAACAGCGAAACUUGACUUUGGAAACAGAAAUGAUGAGCCUCCAUGAUGAACUGGAUCAGGAGCGGAAAAAGUUCACAAUGAUAGAAAUAAAAAUGCGAAAUGCCGAGCGAGCAAAAGAAGAUGCCGAGAAAAGAAAUGACAUGCUACAGAAAGAAAUGGAGCAGUUUUUCUCCACGUUUGGAGAGCUGACCGUGGAACCCAGGAGAACCGAGAGAGGAAACACAAUAUGGAUCCAGUGAACCUGCUUCCUCCUGCUGUCUCUGAUGGCUCUGGGAAGGACUCUGGGGAUUCUAGGGGGAGAUGACUUAGAACCAGGUGGCUGGUCACCUGGAUGUACAGAGGUCUAACUGGUGAAGGAAUAUCAUUUACAGACAUUAGCCAUCCAUAACUGCAAUGUGUACCAAAGUUAUAUCAUGCCCCAUAAUGCUACUGUCAAGUGUUACAACUGGAUAUGUGUAUAUAGAGUAGUUUUUCGAAAGUAAACUAAAAAUGAGAAGCAUAUUUCAAGAAUUAUUUUAUUGCAAGUCUUGUAUUUAAAAUGUUAAAUCAAUAUGUUGUUGCAAUUUAGCUUGCUGUCAAGCUUCACCCCUUGCACUUAACAUAAGCUAUUUUUGGCAUUGUGUUAUCAUCGGCUUAUUUUAUAGAUCAAUAUUUUUAUUUCCCUUUUUGCUGAGGAAAUGAAAAUAAGCAAAAAAAAAAAAUAUAUAUAUAUAUAUAUAAAUAUAUGCUAUUAAAAAGAAUACUUUGUGGCUGUGCUGUUUGUGCCAAUAGACUUUGUCAUGACCAAAAAGAGAUAUGUAAAGAGUUUUAUAAAAUACAGUCGAAUCACCAGGAACCUUUGAGCUGCUUUUAAAAUUCUUCUCCGGCACUGCUCAGUUUUGCUUUUGUGAGAUGACUUGACAUAGAACUUUGAGAUUCCAUGAGAAAGCCCCCUUCUGAUGUCCACUGUCCACCCUGCCAGAUCCUCAGAUGCAUAUCUGCAACACAAAAUGCUCCUUAGAGAAGAAAUAUGAUAAAAAAUGGCAUUUAACCAUUCAGGCGUUGAAUUACUCUGUCCUUCUGGACUGAAUCUCUGAACUGCAGGAUAGUCACAGAGAAAUUCUUCCUGCUAUUUAGGAAUUGGAAAACAAUGCUUAUUAAACCAUGCCCACAUGAGCACCCGUCUCCCGCUCAACCCUCUUCCACCUCCCAUCAACUGCACUUUGGAAUACCAGCAGUGAAAUGUUGUUACUGUGUCCCUCUCAGUGAAACUGCUGGAGCGUGUGCCAUGUAGUGACCUUUUUUUCUCACUCAGACUAUUGCCAUCUGGGUCUCUCCCUACCCCAGCUGGCAAAGGUGGUUUGUAGCAAGAAGAUAAUUGGAAUGGUGAGGGGCGGGGGGUGCAGGAGGAGGAGAAAAGUUUGGAAGAAACAAACUAUUUUGCUUCUCAUUUGACAGUAUCAGUCUUUCCUGUUGAAACAUAAAAUAAUUUUAAGUGGUGAAUGCCUAAAGUUCUAAUUUUGACAAAUAUGGGAACCUCAGCAUUGCUAUUUUCUAGAAAAGCCCAGGGCUCUCUGGAGCUAGAGUUUUGGGAGAACAGUUCUUCACAAUAAGGCAAUAGUUUUGAGAAGCCAGGCAAAUAAUCUUUCUCACACUGGAACAAAAAGUUACAAAAGGCAUAAAUGGAAAUAAAGUCUACAUACUUAAGUUUAUUGGGUUUGUAUUGAAGGUUGAAUGUUUGCAUGUUUUUAUUUAUUUUCAAGAGGGAAAGUGGUCUGUACUGCUUUCAUCCUUACCACUGUCCUACUUUCAUUUCUACCCUUCCACCGACCGAGCAUCUGUGGUCCUGUGGUAUCAACCAGUAUCUUUAUAGCAAUAACUUCUUAAUUCCCUUCUCUCUCUUCCCAAUUAUUUAACCAGUUACUUCCACCUGGACAUACUAUAGGAAAUUCAAACUCAAAAUGUGAAAAUUGAUCUUAAUAACUCUCCCUUCAAUCUUUUCAUCUUUUUCUAGUCCUUAUCCUAGUUGAUAAAAACCUCAGACUCAUCCAGGAAGCUAUAUGAUGCACUAGUUAAAAAAAAAAAAAA